UGGGACACAGCAGGACAGGAGAGGUUCCAGAGCAUGCACGCGUCCUACUACCAUAAGGCUCACGCUUGCAUCAUGGUGUUUGAUGUGCAGCGGAAAGUCACCUACAAGAACUUAAACAGCUGGUACAAGGAGCUGAGAGAAUUCCGCCCAGAGAUUCCUUGCAUUGUGGUGGCAAAUAAAAUUGAUGCGGAUAUGAAGGUGACGCAGAAAAGCUUCAACUUUGCCCGGAAGUUCAAUCUGCCCUUUUACUUUGUGUCUGCUGCAGAUGGCACCAAUGUAGUGAAGGUUUUCAAUGAUGCCAUCAAACUGGCCGUUGCUUACAAACAAGAUUCAGGAGAUUUCAUGGACGAGGUCAUGCGAGAGCUGGAGAGCUUUGACCUGCAGAAGAAUGAGGAUUUUUCGGAUAAAGAGGAGACCUGCCCUGAAGAGAAACCCCCAUCUGCCUAA